AGUUUGGAGCACGCUGGAUAGGCAUUCCACCGCGCUUGGCCUAGCCUGCAGCGCCCUGCACCAAAACCAUGGAGCAGAAUUCACCACCCUCAAUGUCAAUAGCCUUCCUCUUCGUCCUCCUGGCCUCUGCACAUUACGCUCAGGCGUACUCUGCCCGUGCCCGGCCGUCGGUCAGCUCCAUCUUCAGUUUCGGCAACUCGUACGCCGACACGGGCAACUUCGUCAAGCUUGCCGCGCCGUUGAUUCCGGUCAUCCCUUUCAACAACCUCCCCUACGGCGAGACCUACUUCCGCCGCCCCAACGGCCGAGCCUCCAACGGCCGCCUCACCAUCGACUUCAUCGCCAAGGAGUUUGGGCUCCCAUUCCUCCCCCCUUAUCUUGGCCAAGGUCAAAACUUCACCCGCGGAGCAAACUUCGCGGUCGUCGGCGGCACGGCGCUCGAUCUAGCCUACUUCCUCAAGAACAACAUCACCAGCGUGCCCCCGUUCAACAGCUCCCUGAGCGUGCAGCUCGAUUGGUUCAAGAAGCUCAAGCCCACCUUAUGCUCAACACCCCAAGGUUGCAGAGAUUACUUCAAGAAAUCCCUCUUCUUCAUGGGAGAGUUCGGAGGGAACGACUACACCUUCAUCUUGGCCGCCGGGAAAAGCUUCAGGCAGGUCGCGUCGUACGUCCCAAAAGUCGUCGAAGCCAUCUCUGCAGGCGUUGAGGCAGUAAUCAAGGAGGGAGCCAGGACGGUUGUGGUUCCGGGGCAGCUGCCCACGGGGUGCAUACCCAUCAUGCUGACACUGUACGCGAGCCCGAACAAGAGGGACUACGACUCCACCGGGUGCCUAAGGAAGUACAACGCUCUGGCGCGCUACCACAACGCGGUGCUGUUCGAGUCCGUGUAUCGGCUCCGGCAAAAGUACCCGGCGGCCAAGAUCGUCUACGCCGACUACUACGCGCCCCUGAUCGCGUUUCUGAAGAAACCGAAAACAUACGGGUUCAGUCCUUCGUCGGGGCUCCGCGUGUGCUGCGGCGGCGGCGGGCCGUACAACUACAACCUGACGGCGGCUUGCGGGUUGCCCGGCGCGAGCGCGUGCCGGGACCCUGCAGCACACGUCAACUGGGACGGCAUCCACCUGACGGAGCCAGCCUACGAGCGCAUCGCCGACGGCUGGCUCCGUGGGCCGUACGCGCACCCGCGUAUUCUCAAGGCCGUGCGUCUGUAGCACCUCACCUUGCAGCUGUACAACCUUCGGCCCUGUUCUGCUGUUCAUCGUUUGUGCUGAACAAUCAUUCCCAUUUUGUUUCCUUUUGAGAUGAAGAAUGUGUUCUUUUCUGUGCAAGUGUUCGUUGCAUUUCUUUUCGUUCGAGGGGAAAGUGUUCAUUUUGUGCGAAUAAACUGCUAAUGUAAAUAAAGAUGUCUCAGAUUUGGCCCAUUUAAUGAGGAGCUGGGCCGCAGGUACUAGCGAGUCACAAAUCA